AUAAACAAGUCCUAUACGUCGUACUUCGUAGUCUAUACUUCUAUACCGGCUUUUUUAUAAUAUCAUUUAAAAAUUUAAAACUGCAUGUAUUUUAGAUAGUUCGAUAGAGGUUUAAAUUUUUAGACAACGGAGUGGAUAUAUUUAUUGUAAUAAUUAUAAUGGGUCUAUUACAAUUGUGUGAAAAAUAUUAUAAUACAUCCAAUUUAUAUGAGGUUCUACAAAUAUCAGAAAAAGCUUCUGAAAAUGAAGUUAAGAAAGCUUAUCAUAAAUUAUCCCUUAAAGUUCACCCUGAUAGAGUGAAGGAAGAUGAAAAAUUAGAAGCUACAGAAAAAUUUAAAGUUUUGGGGGCAGUUCAUGCAAUCCUUAGUGAUAAAGAAAAACGAGAAUUAUAUGACACUACCAAGAGUGUAGAUGAUGAUAAUGGCAAUGUGGUAGAGGAUAGAGAUUGGUCAGUGUACUGGAGAGGGUUGUUCAAAAAAAUCACUGAGGAAGAUAUAGUUGCUUAUGAAAAAGAAUAUAUCGGUUCUGAAGAAGAAAGAAAAGAUUUAAAAAAUGCAUAUCUAGCUGGUAAGGGGGAUUUAGAUUAUAUUGUGGAUCACGUCCAAUUUGCAAGAUCUGAGCAAGAACCCCGACUACGAGGUAUUUUAACUGAUAUGAUUGAUCAAGGAGAAAUUCCAUCAUAUAAAAUAUUUACACAUGAGCCAGCAAAAAAGCGUAAGCGUAGACAUGCUAAAGAAAAUUGUGAGGCACAGGAGGCUGAAGAAUAUAAAAAGGAGCUGGUUCUUAAUUCAGGUGAAAAUAGUUUGGAGUUGAUGAUUAAACAAAGACAAGAAUCACGGGUUAAACAAAUGGAUUCAUUUCUCGAUAAUUUGGCUGCAAAAUAUAGUGAAAAUAAACCCAAGACAGUAAAACGAAAAGUAGCAUCUAAAGAAACAGCAGCAAAAAAGCGAAGGAAAUGAGAAUGAUUCUCACACUGUAUUUAUGCAUGAGGACCGAUUUCUUUACCAUUUUAACGCUAUAAGACUAAUAAAAAAUUCAAUAUU